GCGCUGUUGAGCCGGAAGUCAAGUGUACACACUGUAAUGUUGAUUUUGUUCUCGGACAUUAGAAGCUUUCCUUCACAAUCUGUGGACGUCUGAACUGCUAACAGUCAACAGGACAAUGGCCGAAGAAAAGCGUGCGUGUGCAAAAGGCUGCGGGGACAGCGACAUUCACACGGACGUCAAGGAUUAUUAUGGGAAGGUGCUGCAGAAAACCUCAGACCUGAAGACCAAUGUGUGUAUGACUCCGGCCCGCCCCGUCCCUGCCUUCAUCCGCCAGGCUCUAAAGAACGUGCACCAUGAAGUCAAUGCCAGGUACUAUGGCUGUGGUCUGGUGGUGCCCGAGUGCUUGGAGGGCUGCAGGAUACUGGACCUGGGCAGUGGAAGUGGGAGAGACGUCUACAUGCUGAGUCAGUUGGUGGGCGAGAAAGGUCAUGUCACUGGCAUUGACAUGACCGAGGACCAGCUUGACGUGGCCAAGGCAUAUGUGGACCAUCACAUGAAAGAGUUUGGCUACAAGAAGCCCAAUGUCAAUUUUGUCCUGGGCCUCAUCGAGGCCCUAACAGACGCGGGUCUGGAAAAGAGCUCAUUUGAUAUCAUCAUCUCCAACUGUGUGGUGAAUCUCUCUCCAGACAAGAAGCGAGUACUGGCUGAGGCCUACAGCGUGCUUCAGGAUGGUGGCGAGCUGUACUUCAGUGAUGUCUACAGCAGUGGAAGACUAACAGAGGAAAUUAAAAAUCACAAAGUGCUGUGGGGUGAGUGUCUCGGUGGAGCGCUGUGGUGGAAGGAUCUGCUGCGAUUGGCUGAAGAAGUGGGAUUCAGCACACCACGGCUGGUUACUGCCAAAUUCAUCACUGUUGACAACAAGGAGCUGCAGAAAGUCCUGGGUGACUACAAAUUUGUCUCUGCCACAUACCGCCUGUUCAAGGUCCCUAAAGGGAACACUAAGGCCUGUCAGGUCAUAUAUAAGGGCAACAUUACAGGAGUAGAGGAAAGCUUCCCAUUUGACCAUCAGUACACAUUCAAGGCCAAUGAAGUUGCAGAGGUUGAUGGAGAGUUGGCCACCAUCCUGACCCAUUCCAGAUUUAAGGGGGCAUUCACUUUCCCACCAUCGGGAGGCCCCUGUGGAGUCAAACCUAAGGCAGCCAUUGAGGAUCCAUUCGAGCUGGACCUGCAUCUGGAGAAGCAAAAUCCAGGUCCAGCCACAGGGGGAUGCUGCGGCACGCAGCCUACUGCCUGCUGCAAAUAAUGGGCUGAAAAGCACUGAGAUUUACAGGCCCAGAAUAAUUCUGUUUAUGCAUAAUAACAGUAGUUCAGAUUUACUGCCUUGAUUGUGCUUUAUGCAAUGUCAUUAUUUGUGUCUUAUUAACAUUUCAAAUGAGAUUUCAGCAAUUUAAAUGAAUCCCUACUUACACAUAAACAUGUGUCUUAUUGAUGUUCCUCCCACACUUAUUCCAGCCAGUCUCCUCCACUGGAAAAACAGAAAAGACUGAAUUUAAUUUAUUCAAAUAAUUAUGUUGCAUGAAUAAAAUGGCCUCGGCUUUAUAUUAAAGCAAAAAUAUAAAUACAGCUGAAUUUUGAUUUUGUACAAAUCUUGACUACUAUUGGACACUGCAAAAUAUUUUUUCUUAUAAGGCUAAUUUUUCUAAUUUGUAAAAAUGUGAACUUCAUAUUCAUACCAUUCUUUAUCCAGACUUUUCCCACCUUUGCCUUAACAAAUGACCCUACUUUUGUUGUAAUACCUCUAAUUAUAUUGAUUUCAUUUUUGCAAUACAUUGACAGAUUUUGCAUUCAUGUGAGCUUCACAACAGUAUCAUCAUUAUUAUGAUAUUGAAUAUUAUAUACAUAUUCAUAAAAAAAAAAUAAAUACUGCC